AUGGAAUUCCCACGUCGUCAGAUCCCGGUCAACGCAUUACUCGACAGUGGCUGUACUGGCUCCUGUAUCGAUGAGGACUUUGUUCAACAAAACAGCAUUCGCACACGCAAAACAGCCUUGCCUAUUCCAGUCUACAAUGCGGAUGGCAGCGCCAACGCCAACGGCAGUAUCACAGAGUUUGUUGACAUUGCCAUGACCAUCGGAGAUCAUCGGGAGCAGAUCGCUCUUGCCGUGGCCAAGCUAGGCUCCUCGCCGCUGUUCAUCGGACAUGAAUGGCUACACUUCCACAACCCUAGCACCGACUGGGAAACCUCCACUGUGUUGUUUGAUCGUUGCCCGGAACUCUGUGCCAAGCUACAGGACCACAUGCAUCAAGAGGAGGAAGCUGAGGACGUCAUUGACUUACCAGAGCUUCAGGAGGGGGAGCGGUUACUUGCACUCGAUUGGGAAGGUUUCCUGCGCGCAGGCGCUGAACAUUUACGAGCCACUUCGACACACUCGUCCGCUAUCGCACAGGAAGAGGCUAAGCUCAAGAAGGAACAAACCUUCCAAGAACGCGUACCCUCACUCUAUCACGAUUUCCGUGACCUCUUUGACAAGGAGGACUUCGAUAAACUCCCGCUGCAGACCGAGUGGAGUCACGUCAUCGAGCUUAUCCAAGGCGCACGCCCGGUAGACUGCAAGGUCUACCCCCUCACGCUCGUAGAACAAGACGAACUGCGCAAGUUCAUUGAGGAGAACCUCAAGUCUGGUCGCAUCCACCCAUCCAAAUGA